UCUUCUCUGCUUAAAUACCAAAGAAAUCAAUGGCGUAGCGAAAACUCAGUGAAAAAAGGUAAACAAAUAUGUCUGCCGAGCAUUUGCUGUUAACAGUCGAUGAUGUUGAUGAUCAAGAUCAUCAUCAUCAUGGUGGUGGCGGUGUGAUGAAAUUCGAGAUUCGCGAUUUGAAGAAAGUAUCGGAUGCGGGCGUUCCUAUACUCAACGGGAUCAGCGUGGGCAUCCCGAAAGGGAUGAUCGUUGGGAUCAUCGGACCGAGCGGGAGCGGGAAAUCCACGUUGCUCAGAGCACUGAAUCGCCUGUGGGAGCCUCCAUCGGAUACGGUGUUCCUAGACGGCCUUGAUAUCGUUGACCUUGAUGUUCUUGAACUCCGCCGUAGGGUCGGCAUGCUUUUCCAGCUCCCGGUUCUCUUUCAAGGCACUGUUGCAGAUAACAUUCGAUAUGGACCAAACUUGAGAGGGAAGAAGUUAAGUGAUGUUGAAGUUUCCAAGUUGCUAACACUUGCAGACCUUGAUUCCUCCUUUCUCAGUAAAACUGGUGGUGAAUUAUCUGUUGGUCAAGCUCAAAGAGUUGCACUUGCUCGGACACUGGCUAAUGAACCCGAGGUUUUGCUGCUGGAUGAACCAACAAGUGCCUUGGAUCCGAUCUCAACACAGAACAUAGAGGAUGUGAUAGUGAAGCUCAAGAAGAAAAGGGGAAUGACAGUUGUAAUGGUUUCUCACAGCAUCAAGCAAAUCCAAAGGGUUGCAGAUAUGGUUUGCCUUCUUGUGAAUGGUGAAAUUGUUGAAGUACUGAAGCCUAAUGAACUAUCUGAAGCCAAGCAUCCCAUGGCACAAAGGUUUCUUCAGCUAAGUUCUUAAAAUACUUACUAUAAUUGUUGCUAUAUUUCCCUCUCUUUCCCUAUGUUUGGUAUUGAUGAUAAUUUGGUUUAAACUAAGUUAAGCAUUCCAAUU